CAGACACAGAGAGAUCAUCUCAUUUUAAAAAGGGAAUAUCGAUUUUUGGAUAACUGAAACAAUUUCCUGUGCAAUCAAAUCCUUUGCACUUAAAUGCACACUGUUGUCAUUGGACAUCUCUGUAAUUUCAUGAACAACAAUGGGGUCAUGUGUCAAGGUUUUUUUUUUCUCUUCAAUUUAGGAUUUCAUAAACUUUAACAAAUCAAUAUUGUUGCAAGGAUAUCCUCCUAAGUGCAUCUUUGGCGUUGUCUUUUUAAUUAUAAUCUUCAAAGUGACUGUCUCACCAUCUGCACUAUCAGCAUGCCUUUGUUAGUGUUGAAAUGCAUGCUGCUGUGUGCGCUGAUGCAUGGAGCGGUGUGUGCCUGUAUGCUGAAAAACCACACCUUAUGGAUUGAGAGGCGCGACUGUGGCCAGUGUGUGGCCAUCAACACUACCAUCUGCAACGGCUACUGUUACACACAGGACACCAACUUCAGGGGACGUUUUGGGAGGAAUUUCGUCAUCCAGCGCAGCUGUGUGCCUCGCUCCCUGGUGUACCGAGCCGCAUAUGUGCCGGGCUGCCCCCAGGACGUCAACCCAUACCUGUAUUAUCCUGCUGCCCAACGUUGCAGCUGCAGGCGCUGCGACACGCGCACACACCACUGCGUCCGCUCCAGCCGUAUCUCCAAUAACCGAUGCACCGUGACCUUUGGCGGUGCGAAGAGCCAGACCCAGCCCUCCGUGGGAACCUGA